AUGGUGUACGAGAGUGACUUCUAUACGACCCGCCGCCCUUACAGGCCCAGCAGCUACAGCACCGUGUCGGCUGAGCUGAUAUACAGGCCGACUUCUCGCACUGUCACUCGACUCGUCACGUACCCGGAGGCACCCCACCAUGUAGUGCGUGUGCGCGUGCGUCCCUCAGUAGUCCUGCGCGAACUGGACCGCAUUGCGUACCGCCGCCGCCCCGAAUUAUCUAUCUCAGCUGUCGACGACUUCUUCCGAUCUGAAUCCACCAAGGCCUUCGAAGAUGAGACCAGCCGCAUCCGUGCCGACACUGCUGCACUUCUUACCCGCGCACGUUCAGUUGUGCCCCGCGCUAAAACCGUAGCUCCCCUCGACACGAUUUACUCAUAUUCGUACGGGGAACCGAUCCCGUAUCGUUUCAGCAAUGAGGCUUACCUCGCUAAGCUCGUGGUCCCCCUGCGCAGCGUGGCUGAUCACAUCCGCAACAUCUCCUACUACAGCGAACCCGCCAAGAAGUUCACCGGACGCGGUCACCUCGCAUGCGUGCACUACACCGGUAACAAGGCCUUCUCCAACCGUAGGCCACUCUACAAGGAGCUUAGCAUCAGGGACGACGUGAACCUCCUUUCUUUCUAUGCCAAGAACAGGCUCGCGGCCGCCGGUCUGGCCGUCGAGAGUGCCACAGUCAAGCUGCUCCCGUGGAGGCCGAGCCGCAAGUUCCAGGUCCCACAAAUGAUGGAGGAUCCAGCUCUAGAACUGAAGGCAGCUAAAGCCGAACGUGAAGCUCGUUUCCGUGCGUCCACCGUUGAGCCAGUCAUGACUCCAGCUACUGACUUGGCAGAAAUUAAGAGGAAGAGGCAAGAGGAAGCUCGCGCCGCUGAAGAGAAGGCAUUGAAGGAAGAAGCUAAACGUGAGGCUGAACGUAAAGCUCAAGCUGAACGCGAAGCAGCAGAAAAGAGGAAGGCAGAAGAAGAAGCCCGUAAGGCCGAAGAAGCAAAACGCAAGGCCGAAGAAGAUGCUAGAAAAGCCGAGGAAGAAGCCCGUCUGGCUGAGGAAGCUCGCCUAGCCGAAGAAGCUCGUUUAGCUGAAGAGGCCAGGCUCGCUGAGGAAGCCCGCAAGGCAGAAGAGGCUAGAUUAGCCGAAGAAGCGAAGAAAGCAGAAGAAGCCCGUCUUGCAGAAGAAGCACGCCUAGCUGAAGAAGCGAGACUCGCAGAAGAAGCUCGCUUGGCUGAAGAAGCGAGGUUAGCUGAAGAGGCCAGGCUCGAGGAGGAAAGGCAGGCGGAACAGAGAAGACAGGAAGAACUCGCUCGGUUAGAGGAAUUGGAGAAACAGGCACAGGAAGAACGCGAAGCCGAACUUGCACGACAGGCAGCUGAAUUAGCCGAGAUUGCGAGACAAGAGUCUGAACUUGCGGCCGCCCGCCUGGAGGAGCUCUCACAGAGUGGUUCUACUGCUGAUGUCCCUGAGGCUGACGCCAGUGAACCUACCGCAGACGAACCUGAACCUAUUGUAGAAGAGCCAGAAUCUCCUGAAAUCAUCCCUGAAACACCCGCCGAGCCCGAAGCAGAGCAGGCCGGAGACGUCAGCGAGGAUGAGAAAGCAGAACCUGACCUAACUGAUGAAGAAUAA